AUGCGGGAUACACGCAAGGCAUUUGCGUUCUCGAAAUAUCCUCAAAGGCAGAAUGCUUGGUUCCCUACAAGGAUUGGGGGGACCUCAAAAUUCAUUUGGAAAUUAUUCCUCCGCCUGAUGGUGCAAGCCCUGCCUGCAUUAGUUUCUCAUUCGCGGUCUGACGCUCCUACGUCCAGGAUUCCCUUGCAGGUGCCUUCCCCUCAAUUGAACCAGCAGGCUAUUGUCACCAUGUAUGAUGGGGAAGAGGUGAUCCUCCUUCGAAACCUGACCACCAAAGGGAGCCAUACUUUCCUUAGGAUCAGAUAUAAGUCCGACUUUGCCCAAUCCGACUCCAACAGGAAGACCAAAUUCAUAGAAAUGAAGCAAGGUGCAGCUGCCCAAGUGCAGCGAGGCACAAUCAACGAAGCAGAGUGCAACGGGGCAAAGUCAACAGAGAAGAGUGCAGCAGUACCAAGGGCAGCAGGACAGUGUACAGGACAGAGUGCAGAGGACAAG